AUGCCAUCUAAUCGCGCAUUACAGCUGCUGGGCAUAGAGAGCCACGACGUUGACAUCGCCAUCAACACCAUGACUGGAGAAGCAUUCGCGCAGAAACUUCUCGAUGCUGGCAAAGUCGACUCGAUUGGAACGACCAUCGCCGUCAACCCAGACCAAUCAAAGCAUUUGGCAACAACACGUCUUAAAAUCCAUGAUUUCUGGGUCGAUCUGGUCAACCUGAGAAGCGAAACCUAUACCGGAGAAAGUCGCAUUCCCACUAUAGAAUUCGGCACUCCACAGGAGGAUGCAGAUAGGCGAGAUCUAACGAUUAACGCAAUGUUUUACAAUAUUCACUCUCGAAAGGUGGAGGACUUUACGGGUAGGGGUAUUGACGACCUCAAAGCUGGUAUAGUCAGAACGCCUCUGGAAGCCAAAACGACCUUUGAGGAUGAUCCACUGCGUAUACUGCGAUGUGUACGGUUUGCGAGUCGACUGGGCUAUACGGUUGAAGAGAGCAUCGCUGCGGCAGCUAAAGACCCCACAAUACAGAAAGCACUCGAUAACAAGAUAAGCCGAGAAAGGAUCGGUGAAGAGAUUGAUAAAAUGAUUCAGGGACCGGACCCUGUAUACGGGAUGGAGUUGCUCCACUCUUUCGGUCUGCUUCCAAUUGUCCUCCGUCCCACAGCCCAGGCAUCAUCGACAUCGAGUGGAGCUCCCCUAUCCAUGGACUACGCCCUCCGUGGAAUAAUUAUCAUAGAGCUACUGUUACGGUCGGAAGAACAUCUACCGGGUGUCCAUCCCCUUCUACUUUCUUCAACUCUAGAAACCCAUUCUACUCAAGCAAGACUCAGAAUUGCAUCGAUUCUCACGCCAUUUCGAGGACUCACUUUUGAGCAAAAGAAGAAGUCGAUCCCACUUGUAGACAGCGUAAUCCGGGACGGUCUAAAGCUUGGGGGCCGAAAUCACUACUUGGAUGGCAUUCCCCAUCUAUUCCGCUCAGCCGAGCUGAUCAGGGAAGCAUUCUCCACCACCUUCGCGACCGAAUCUCGAGCAGAGAUCGGUAUGCUCCUCAGACAUCCCUCAAUUCACAAUCCUAUCAUCGGGUCUGAAUGGAAAUCUUCGGCAUUGUUCUCGUUACUCCAAGAACUUGUCGACUGUUGGGAAGGAGAAUUGGAUACCGCAAAAGCAACAGAAUGCAUACAAAAGUAUAACAAGCUAGUCGAAAAGAUAGUCGAGCUAGAUCUGACCGAGGCGAUUGGCGCUCCUCCAAUACUCAAUGGCAAGCAGGUUUGUGAGACACUCAAGAUUAGACCUGGUCCUCAGAUGACUCCAUUGAUGGAGAAAGUUGUUUACUGGCAACUGGAACAUCCCGGAGCUACUGCUGAUGAAUGUCAAGCAUGGCUACUCGAACAACAGGCUCAGGGUGCUCUUGGUAUCACAAAUAAUGCACCAGAGAGUGAACAGCCAACAACAUUUGAGGCGACAGGAGUCGAUGAAUUUGUUCUGCGUGCUCUGAAAGACGCCUUUCCUCACAUAAAAGAACCGACUCCAGUUCAAAGAGAGUUCAUUCCAGCCAUUCUGGGAGGAAAGGACGUUCUUUUACAGGACAAAACUGGGACCGGCAAGUCACUGGGAUUGCUCCUCGCACUACUCUCCAAGCAGCGAGCAGCUCGUUAUGAGCUACCCAAAUACUGGAAAAAGCGCGCGGCGAAAAGUCUCGAGGCAAAAGAGGCGAUAACGGCCAUUGUAAUCGUUCCGCACAACGACCUUGCUCAUCAAUUCGCCAACUGGGUCAAGAGCAUGCAUCUGUCGCCGUCUUCGACGGUCCUACGGACACUGCUCAAGGACCCAGAGAUUAGCCUCGACGAUCAGCUGGCCCGGAUUGCCAAAGUUCCUCCGCAUAUACUCGUAACUACCCCCAACGCGUUACAAGCAUGCUGGAAAACGGCCAAGAAAACACUCACUCUGGACUCUGUUUCGACCGUGGUGUUGGAUGAGGCGGACCAUCUGCUUCGCGUGCCAAGCAAUAACACGCCUUUUACGAGACAUGUUGACGGAAAUAUUCAAGCUACGACCAAAGUCAAACGACCAGGCGCUCGCUCAACCGUCCCAGACAUCCCCACCACCAUCACCCCUAUUCAACUGGUACUGGUCUCCGCCACGCUACGACCUGCUGUCCGCAAGUUUCUAUAUCUCGAGACAAAGUGGUUAUCACAGAAACCGGGUCAGACGGUGACCAUCGAAAGCACCAAGGCAAUGGAUCCACGUAACGAUCCUGUUCGUCAUUAUGGCCUGUUCGUCGACGUUUCCGGUCGCGUACGGAAUAUCAUGGACCCCGAGGCGGCGUACGAUAUGAACCGCGAGGAGGCAAUGGCAUCUGACUUGGAGGACGUGUUACCACAUUCUGAAAUAAGCGAAGAAGGUCAGGAUGCGGAAACAUCGACGGCACUGUCAUCUGUUCCCGAGAGCUUACUAUGGGGUCGUAAUCGCCUGCCUUCCCAGCUUUUGGAUGCCAUUGUAUCCAUCUUUGUCUUUGACGUGCCACAGUUUGCAUUGCUCGUCAUCCCGUCCGAGGCAUCAGCAAAAGGGACGGUAGACGAUCUCGCAGAGCUUGGUGUAAAGGCCGUCAAUCUCGACGAGUUUAUCCAGAGUCCACGCAAGACGAUGCACGAGCUCGGGGUGCGGACAAAACGGCCAAACUUUUCACUGCCGAUCACUGAAGGAGAUGAGGAAAACAAAAAUGCAGAAGAAGAGGCGAUGGAUGACCCAGUGAUGCUAGUUGCCGUCCAAUCUGCUGUGCGGGGAAUCGACCUUCCCCUCCUCUCGCACGUGUUUAUUGCCGGUGUACCAGAGAGUGAAGUAGACUACAUUCAUCUGUCCGGACGAGUAGGACGUAUGGGCGCACCAGCCAACCCGAAGCAAGACGUCAAAAAGGUUAUUACCUUUUUGGCCGAGCCCAAUCUUAGCGCUGGACGAAAUGCAAGCAAGAUUAUGCAAAAGGAGAGACGACCCCAGAGGGAACUAGAACGAAUAUGGAAGAUGACCGGAGUCAGACCGAGUAUUUAUGCAAGGGCAUUAUAG